CUUUCUUUGCAGCGUACAGGUCUUUAUAAAGAUUUUUCGGUAUGCAGCAUUGUGCAGCAUUUUCAAGUCAAACAGUUGCUAUUAAACCAAAAUGAAAUCUCUGAAAUUAACAUCACUGGAAUCCAACUAUUGACAGUGAAGAGACUGGAUCUUAAAGAAAAUAAAUUAAGGGACCUCACAUCAGAUUUAAUAUAUACAUUUACAAAUGUAAAGGAAUUAAUUGCUUCUGAAAAUGUAAUUUCAUUUCUUGAACCCUGCACUCAUGACACUAAGCAGGUCGAGCUCACAUACUUGGAUCUUACAUUAAAUAAGAUUCAGCUGUUAAAAAAUAGACAGUUUUUUUGCUUGACGAACCUCCAGACUUUGUUGCUGAAUGACAACGAGAUUAAUCAUCUUGAGGAUUCUGCCUUCAUUGGUAUGGAUAAUCUGAAACUAUUAAAUCUGGAGGCAAUGCCAUUUCUCACAUAGGCUCUGAUACUUUUAAUGGCUUGAACCAACUUAAAAAACUGAACUUGUAUCAGAAUAAAUUAAAGGAAAUUCACUUAUGGGCAUUUUCUGAAACAAACAAACUCCAAGAACUCAAGAUAAGCUUUGCAGAUGAUGUGUAUCACCUAGAGUGUUUUAGCGACUUCAAAGAUCACCUAUGUAACGUAGCUAUCAAAACUUUUGGUGGUACAGUAGACCUCCAGGAUGAGUUCAAAUUUAUGCAUUCACUGGAAGUUUUAGAAGUUGACGCUUCGGUAGUGACACUUGCAUGUGACAUAUUUCCAUUUUCACAAAUAGAGGAGCUGUAUAUUUGGAACAAUAAUCUGUUCAUCUGUUUCACAGGGGUACCUGCACUGGAGUAUUUUACUAACCUCAGACUUUUGCAUUACAGUUCCAGUCAGAAUGAAAUACAUGUAGAAAGUCAAUUAAAUUCUACAAUUCCUUACUUACACAGUUUGGAAAAUCUUUAUUUGCAAGACAUACACAGAUAUGUUCAAAGGUCUGUUAUUAAUGCAGAGGUCCUGUUCUAUGGUUUGUACAAGCUGCAAACCCUACAUCUGAAGAAUUCUGGGAUAACACAUUUUACAGUCAACAUGUUUAAGGACCUCAGAUCCCUGCAUGGUUUACUAGUGGAAAAACAGACCAUUAUAGUGUUGGAACAUGGAAUAUUUAACAGUCUGGAAAAACUUGAGUACAUUUAUUUCUAUGAUGUUGAUUUUAAAUGCAACUGUGAGAUGUUCUGGAUAAUUGAAUGGCUAGCUACCAAUAUUCAUGUACAAGUCUUUGACUUUAGUGUGCAGACUUGUUCAACUGAGGCAAUCACAUUUAACUUUCUUGAUUAUCUUGAUACACAGUGUCCACCAGUGCUAGAAUUUACAUUGUUCAUGUUAACCUUCUGUAUCACACUGUCCUUUAUUCUAUUUGCAUUGCUACAUGAAAGCAUCUGGUGGAACUUAUUAUAUUUGUAUUACUUAGUCAGAGAAAGGCUAAACAACAGGAUUUCCAGAAGACAUGGGGAUAAGUAUCAAUAUGAUGCAUUUGUAUCCUACAGUAGCUAUGAUGAAGAAUGGGUUGUAAACCAGCUUCUUCCAAACUUGGAACAAAGUGGUCCACCAUUCAUCACACUUUGCUUGCACAACAGGGACUUUGAACUGGGCAAGGAUAUUGUGGACAAUAUCAUGGACAGCAUUCAGAAAAGCCGUUGGACCAUUUGUAUAGUUACACGCAACUACUUGCGGAGCCAGUGGUGUUCCAUGGAGAUGAAGAUGACCACUUACAGACUGAUUGCUGAAAGCAGAGACUGUCUAUUACUGAUCCUUUUGGAGAAGAUCUCCUUGGAGGAGAUCUCUUACUAUCACAGAUUAGCUAGACUCAUGAACAAAAAGACUUACCUGGACUGGCCAUUAGAGAAAAAAGACCAGCAAUUAUUAUGGGAAAAAUUAAAGUAUACUAUCCUCACACCAACUGAAAAUUACCUAAAUGAAUUUCUUUAACCCUUUUGUAGAUGCUUCAAAAUCUCUGUGCUGAUCUACAUUGCAAUUUAUCGGUAUACAUAGCAUUUUUUUAUUUCUUCACCAAUGCUCUUGCUUCUUUCCCCUUAACAUAAACAGCAACCAUUCCUACUUUUUGGUCUGCAUUAUAUUUUUUUACUUGACUUGUAUUAAUUGUGUUUAGCAAAGUCGGCCUUAAACAUUUGUGUUCAUGUUAAUAGAUAACUGCAUUUAUCUACAGCAUUACGACAAAGAAUGCUUACCUGGAGUGACCAGAAGAAAAACAGAAUAAUAAACAAAAGAAG